AUGGAUCUCACUACUCGUCUCCUACAAGUUGAAGAUGAUUUCUUAUCCGCUAUCGAGGAUGGACCGCAAGCUGUGGAAAAGUUUGAUCGAGAAUGGAGUAGUCUCUGUGCGGAUGUAGAGCAAGCAAUACAUCUUCGCACGGCUUCUUCAGAAACAAUAGAACUCGCAAGCGCACUCAGUGCUCGUAUGGCCGUCCUAGUAGAGUCGUUUGUCGACCUUCAAAACGCUUCUGAUGAAGCUACAGCGAACUUGACGAAGCAAUGGGACCAUAUAUUUCUCGCGUCCGAUGAUAAUAGAAGUCUAUCGACUUCUCUCACCGCACAUCUUCACAUUCAGCAUCACGAAUCUCUCGCACAUAAAUCACAUUUUCCACAUCCCCAUGUCGAGCUAUGCGAUUCGCCCGGUCUUCCUCCCUUUAUCGCUCCUGCAUAUAAAUGGCUUUUGAAAAAUCUGCACGAUCCGUAUCCAUCAAAAGAAGUAAAACAAUCCAUUUCGCAUAGCUCUGGCACACCGACAGACAACGUCAGUGCAUGGUUCACGAACAUUCGGCGUCGUAUGGGAUGGACAGCUUUGUCACGCACAUAUUUCCACAACUGUCGAGCCGACACUCUUGACGCUGCUUACCGUGUUUUUGUUCAGGAAGACCCCAAACGACAACUUGAUCCUCAAAUUACACAUGCUUUCAUGGUAGUCAAAGUCACCGCUGAGGGCCUUUACUCUGCGAAGUUCAAGAGAAGUGCCCUCGCUGGUCAGUUGGACGUUGUUGUAAAAGACAUGACGGAUGAGGACAGGCUGAGAAUGGAGAACGUAAAGUUCCAAGGUGCAGAGGAAGAAAGGAAACGAAAAGAAGUAGAAAAGGGGCGGAGGCGACAGGAGAGGGCCAGACAAAGGGAAUUAUCUAAAGCAGCACGAUCUGCCUCAAAAUCGUACCCGUCCCCCAUAGGUUCGCCGUAUGGAUCGCCGGUACCCGCCCUCGAAGACUCACUCGCGGACGAGAGUGAGAACGAAGAAGACCAUGUCGCACUUCCCAAGAUCUUGGCAGGUAACAAGAGACACGUCUCACCAGCUACACUUACUCCUUCACGUCACGUUGAACAUCCUCACAAAAAGGAUAGGCAUGUUUCUCUGCGCUCAGGAUCGCCUCGACUUCACUUACACUCUCUGGUCAGGUUGGAUCUUGAAGUACCGGAGAUUAUGGCAAGGUCGUCUAUCCCAUCGCUACCGUCGCCUCCUUCGGAAGUAGACACCAACCACGGCGUGUUUGACUACUGGUCACCUGAAGUUGUCGAACUACCAGUUUCUCUCAAUGCACCUGCACCAGUUCAAUCACAUAAUCGUAAAAGGCGUCUAUCCGAUGGUGCUGCCCAGGGCGCUCCGAAGCGUCCACGUGGGCUCGUUGGUCCGCGCUUGUAUGCUGUCUCCGACCCCUUGCCCAGGGCAAACGAGUCGGCAGAUGAUUUCAAUGCUUGGCUUAUGAGCAACUUCGAGAUACCACCCGCUGUGGCUGAUGAGGUCCCAGAUCCAUCCACGCUCUUGGACGUGGAUGUAGAGUGCUACAAUUGGUCCUCGAUGCAAGAUUGUUAUAAACUGCCGGUAGACGAAACAACAAUGCUUGCCUCUCCUCCCUACUCCACUCAACUAUAUAACCCCUUCAACGUUGAUCCAAAUCCCUUCUCCACUACCGAUAUCAACCCUUUUUCAACUAGCGAUAACCUGGAUGAACUAUAUCAAAAUAUUUUUGGUCCCAAUAGUCACCACCCACCACCUUACUCCUCCCAGCCGGUUGAUGACGCUACCUCAUCCCUAACCUGUGUAACUUCCGAUUCUACAACAUCAGCCCCACCUUCAAUGUCGUUCUCAGACGACCUGUUUUCGGACGGUGGUGUUUGGUCGCAUUUACCUUCAUAUACCGAUGCUGUUGGUUCUUUGAAUUACUCUUCCACUCAUUCGUCCGUUCCCGAGUCUACGGAUCCUUUGAAUCUGUCAUCGAUACUUUCCGAAAUCGAUAUAUCAAUACUCCAGUUACCUACUUCAUCACCCCCAAAAACUUCAUGCCUGAAUGAAGGGGCAGCUCGGCUUGCGGACAAGCAAGCCAAGCUAGAGCAGCUGAGGAUGCUGGAGGAAGCCAAGCGAAGAUUAGAAGCGGAAUUGGCUAGUGACGUGUAA